CUGUAGCUGUUCCUGAGUCAGCUUCCAAUAAACACAGGGCAUCUAAAUGGGGCCUCAGCUGACCGGAGGUCAGCGGUUUUAUAUCCGGGAUUUCCGUGGGACAGUCAGCUGACAGCAGUCAGGUUGUGUGAGCACUUCGACGAGAAACUGAGCCAAAUAAUCUCUGAGCAGGUAAACAUGGCCUCCAAUCCACCGAAAUUGAAGAUUGAGAUAACUUCUAAUGAAAGGUUGAAAACCUUGAAAGAAAAAUUUGAAGCAAGGUUUGGAGAAUCUCCUCUCUUCUAUACAUGUGCACCUGGAAGGGUAAAUCUAAUAGGAGAGCACAUCGACUACUGUGGAUACUCAGUCCUGCCAAUGGCGAUCGAGCAGAAUAUCCUGGCAGCUGUGUCUGUGAACAGCUUGGGGACGAUCCAGCUGACAAACACAAAUCCUCAGUACCAGGAUUUUAAAGUGCCAUGCUCAGAAGAAAUAGUCAUAGACAGAGAAGAUCCAAAGUGGCAUUAUUAUUUUCUCUGUGGUGUCAAAGGUAUCCAGGAGAAGUUUGGGAUCGCUCGUUUAGCUGGGAUGUCUUGUGUUGUAGAUGGAACCAUUCCUCCCAGCUCCGGUCUGUCCAGUUCUAGUGCCUUGGUUUGUUGUUCUGGCCUCUUAACAAUGGAGGCAAACCACAAGUCUCUUUCUAAGGUGGCUCUUGCGGAGAUCUGUGCCAAAAGUGAGCGCUACAUUGGGACAGAGGGAGGAGGCAUGGACCAGUCCAUAUCAUUCCUGGCAGAGAAAGGAACUGCAAAGCUGAUAGAGUUCCAGCCUCUGAGGGCCACCGACGUCAAGCUCCCAGAGGGGGCCGUGUUUGUGAUCUCCAACUGCUGCGUUGAGAUGAACAAAGCUGCUUCUUCUCACUACAACAUCCGCGUUGUGGAGUGUCGGAUUGCAACAAAGAUGUUGGCGCAGGCACGAGGUCUGGAUCCCAGGGGGUUGUUGAAGCUCUCUCAGGUUCAGACAGAGCUGAAGGCCUCCCUGGAGGAGAUGUUGGUCCUGGUGGACGAGGUCUUCCAUCCUGAGUCAUACAGCCGUGAGGAGAUCUGUAAAGUGCUGGACAUCACCUUGGAGCAGUUGUGUACAGAGCUGCUGAGUGCUAACACUCAGCAUGUAAUGCAAUUCAAGCUUCACCAGCGAGCCAAGCAUGUGUACGGCGAAGCUGCGCGCGUGAUCAGGUUUAAGAGCGUGUGCGACGCCGGAUCUGCCGAAACCAUAACGAUGCUUGGUGAGCUGAUGAACCAGAGCCACGCGAGCUGCAGAGACCUGUACGAGUGCAGCUGUCCAGAACUGGACCAGCUGGUGGACAUCUGUCUGAAGGCGGGAGCCGUGGGCUCCAGGUUGACAGGAGCGGGCUGGGGAGGCUGUGCGGUCUCCAUGGUUCCCAGUGAGAAGGCCGAGUCCUUCCUACAAGCCGUGAGAGAUGCCUACUAUUCGCCCGAUCCACGCAGGGCAGCGAUGGAGAAACAAAGUUUGUUUGUGACAAAGCCGGGUAGCGGAGCUUCAGUGCUACUGGAGGAGUAACAUUUCUAGCCCAUGUAUGUUUAAUUUCCCCCCUUUUUGUUUUUUCCAAAUCAACUAAAACAAAGAGAAAUAGGUUUGUUUUUUUUACAUUCGGGAACUAGAAAUGAUGUUUAAUGUUUUACCUCAUUUUACGGAUGGGAACAGAGGGGAGAAUUAUUCACUUCUGUGAUAUCUAUUUUUUGAAAUUGUUUUUGUAAUUAGUAUAUUUUUGGAACCUGAGAGAUGGUGUCAAAUGAUUUUCCUCAGAAUAAUAAAACUCACUAUAUAAAAGUC